GACUGUAACAGGUCAGAGUGGCAGUUCCUACCGCCUUCCAUGCACUCGAUCUUCGCACACACAACCUUCUCAUCUGCCAAAGGACUGCAUUAUGGGUCGCUUGCUGCUGAGCGCUCAAGCGCUCAUGGGCGGAGUAUCACUCCAUACCCUCGAGAGUCUUUUAAGCACGCUCCGUCUAGACCCGUUGCUGCCGAGCCCUUCACGCGCAUCCGUUUGUCCUCUGGUUGCCUUCGACGAUGAGUGCUACUAGUACUGAGCGUAGCGACCUUGCGAUCUUGGCCGGUCCUAAGCUACUCGGAUACUUCUUCAACUGGGCCCUUCUUGGCGUUCUGACCAUCCAAAGCUAUCUUUAUCAUAUCAAUUUUCCGCGCGAUCCGCUCCUUCUACAAUGUCUAGUCUAUGGCAUGCUCGUCUUCGAGUGGGUGCAAACAGGGCUUGUCACCGGUGUCGCCUUCCAGAUAUUCGUUUACAACUAUGGAGACCUGGCAAGCCUCACGAAGAUCUACUAUGCGUGGUUCUUCGUCGAUGUGAUGUGCGCGAUCGUCUCCAUGGCCGUGCAGCUGUUCUUUGCAUGGCGGAUCUACGUGCUCGCGAAGUCAAAGGUCGUUGCGGGUGUUAUCUCGUUGAUCUCGCUUUUGCAAGGUUGUUCGGGCAUCGCAUUGGGCGCGCUGCUCAAAGACACGCCCUCAACUGCAGACGUCACUGCAUCUCACCGGGUAACCAUCGUGCUUAAUAUAUGGAUCAUUGGCAGUGCGGUCGUUGACGUAUUGAUUGCUGUCACAAUGACGAUCCUGAUGCUGAAGCUCCGGCGUGGGACCACAGUGGUGCACACGGAAAGGAUGAUCAACAAGAUCAUACGCCUGGUCGUGGAGACGGGUUCGCUUACUGCGAGUGUCGCAAUCGUCACUUUGGUACUCUGUACCAGAUUGCCAGGUACACAGUACUACGAAACAACCUUAUACGUUCUGACCAAGUUGUACGCGAACACGUUCCUCGCCAACCUCGUCAGCCGCGCGUUUCUCGAAGCGUUCGGUCAGGGCGCCAGCGAAAGCGUCUCCGACAGGACGGUCAGCUUUGCCAUCCCGAUCACUACCGUGUCCGAGAGCUCGGGGACGAGGCUGGAGAUGCGUGAGGUUAAUAACAGUAACGACCACUUGCCGGACGCGGUGAACUACCAAGAAGCGAAGGUACUUCCAACCGCUUUGGCCACAGUAUAACGGCACCGUCGAGACGCAAUUUCCGUCACUCAUAUUUCUUUCCUUGUAUACACUGCACCGUAACAUUAUCUAAUUAACAGGAUCGAGAGGCUGACGGGCGGCCCUAGCCGAUGCAGACCCAUGUACAAUGCGACGUGUACUCUGAUGCAUCAUCUAGCACAGCUGCACAGUCUCGAUCGGUUAGUCCGCCGAAUACCUAGAAUGACACUAGCCUC